AUGGACCCGCCGCACAAACUUUCACUCUCGACAAAUGGUAGUCCCGCGCCGGGCGGUGACGCCAACCGAAACGGCUCCUUUGCCAAACGAUUCGGCGGCGAUACGUCCUCACACGGCGGCAAAUCAAAUCCCUUCAACAACGUAACGACCCCCGGCGCGGGCGGCAUGGCGUCGCCCACCACCGCCGGCGCGGCCAACGCCUUUGGCCUGGGCUCCGGCGCCUUCGCCUCCUUCGGCUCCGCCAAGACGCCCAAGUCCCCCGGCAACCCGUUCGACCUCGCCAUGGGCAAGAUUGGCGGCGGCGCCAAGGCGGUGUCGCAGCACGACCCCGCGGCUAAGGUCCCCUCCAUCGCCCCGAUCCCCGAGAAGAGGGCCCUGGGCUCGCAGCCCGCCUCGACCCGGACGUCCUCGGAGCACCUCCGCGUCCACCCCCUCAAGUACGAGUGGGUGACGUGGUGCCGGCCGCCCCAGCCAAAGGGCCAGCCGUACCAGGAGUACGCCAAAUCGCUGACGCCAAUGAUCCACUGCAACUCGGUGGAGGAGUUCUGGGUCGGCUACCCACACCUCAAGCGGCCCUCUGAGCUGUCCGUGGGCUGGGAAUACCACUUCUUCAAGCGGGGCAUCCGCCCAAUCUGGGAGGACGAGGAGAACAGAAGCGGCGGCAAGUGGGUGCUUCGUCUCAAGAAGGGCAUCGUCGACCGGUACUGGGAGGAUACCGUGUUUGCGCUCCUCGGCGAGGCCUUUAUCGACGCCAGCGAGGAGGUCUGUGGCGGUGUGGUGAGCGUCCGCAACGGCGAGGAUAUCAUCAGUAUCUGGACCCGCUCGACCGGCGGACGCGUGCUGAGGAUUCGACUUUUGGCUAACACCCGCAGUGAAACGUGGAAGUCGUACCUCAAGUGCCCGCCCAACACGCAGUUCGAGUUCAAGUCCCACGACGAGAGCAUCCAGCACCGAGCCGCCAUCGAGGAGUCCCGCCGCGAGAAGCAGCACGACAAGCGCGGCAACAAACAGGCCACCGAAGAGCAGAAGUCCGCCGCUUCGUGA